GUGAAAUCGAGAAAGAUGGCGGUAAAGUGAACUUUUUCGGAAUCGYCAAACACAACUUUUCUAGGGAUUCAAAGACAUCAAUCUUGAGUAUAGUGAGCUGUAGGAAAUAAACUUAAUAAUGGACCCAUCAGUAGCAAAGAAAACUCAAGACACUUUGGGAAAAGCGAUAAAGAAGCCGCCAUUGACGGAUAAACUUUUAAGCAAACCUCCAUUUCGAUUCUUACAUGACAUUAUUACCGAGGUUAUACGAAAUACAGGGGUUCUAAAAGGUCUCUACACCGCGGACGAAAUGAACUCAGCGAACGUGAAGGAAAAAGAUGCUAAAGUAGCUUUUUUACAAAAAGCAAUCGAUGUCGUGGCAAUUCUUAAUGGUGUAACCUUAUCAGUGAGACCUAACAAGGUUGUAGCAGGUCAUGAACCUGAGAGAACCAAUGAGUUUCUACAAGAACUUGGAAAAGCUGCUCUUGCUAAGAAAAACAGUUCAGAUGCAGUAAAAACAGUUUUAAGUGGAGGAAAACCUGGUAAAAGUUCAGGGGAUAGUAAAAGUAAAAAAGAACGGUCAAAGAGUAGGGACAGAGAAAUAUCAAAAGAAAAGGAUGCWGAGAAAAARUCUGAUUCAGGGAGCUCUAACAAGGAAAACAAGAGAAAAGAAAGCAGACAGGGAAGUGGAGAGGARAGAAAACGAAGAGAAGAAAAAGAGGACUCUACAAAAAGGGAAAAUUCAUCUAAAAAGGAAAGAAGCCGAGACAGGGAAAGAAAAAUUGAAAGGGAAAGGGAAAAAGAAAAGGAAAAAGAAAAAGAGACACCACAAGAAAUGACUGUAAAUAAAGAUAAUGAUAYGGAUGGAGUAGACUCUGGAUUAAUUGAUGGAAAUAUAGAGGAUGGUGACUCUCAGCAGAACCGUAUCCCAAGACCGUCAUCUGCUAAAGGACAAAGAAGAAGACAUGGAGAUGGUGAUGAUUCCAAUGAAGGUGGUGAUGAUGGAACAGAUUCUGCCCCACCAUCCAAAGAACAAAUUAAUGGUGUUUUACAUGAAGAUGAACUACCACAGCAAGUGGUGCAAAGCCGUAGAAUGGCAAGACCAAGCAGUGCAAGACCAGCACCACCAAAGAUUAAAAAACAACAAGAAGAAUUAGAAGAACAGAAUGCCAGAAUUGGAUCAGGAAAGCAAGUGACUAGUGUGAUCGUAGAUGAUGGUAAAGAUGAUGAUGAUGAUGAAACGUUUGUUGUUGAAGACAACCACCCUAUCAUCAAUGAUGUUGAUUCAGUACCAAGUAAUGAAUCUAUAGAGGAUGAAUCUAGUCAUGGUGGGCUGGUCAGAACAAUCCUUGAGACAAAGAAAGAACUAGAAGGAAGCAAAGAACAGACCACUAAAACAUCUCAAGAGAAAUCUUUAAUCAAUGAUGCAGCUAGGCAGAAAGAAAGAGAACUGGCUAAAAAAGAAAUUGAAAAGCUCCGAGGAAGCAUACAGACACUAACAAGGAGUGCAAACCCGCUUGGUAAAAUUAUGGACUAUAUUCAAGAAGAUGUAGAUAGCAUGCACAAAGAACUGGAAAUGUGGAGAGCAGAAAACAGAGAUCAUUCCAUAGCACUGAAACGAGAACAGAGCAUUACUGACAACGAAAUCGAGCCGUUAAAGAGUCAACUCGAAGAGUUAGAGUCAGAAAUAACAGAAAUGGUUGAUAAAAUAAGUACAGUCAAAUGCAAUAUCUUGAAAAACGAAGAAAAAAUCCAUCAAAUGCUGUCGAGUAUUUCGUUCAACUCGCGAUGAAAAUCACAUGGUUUUUGUGUAUAUAUGUACCAUACAUCACGCUCCGUCACCCAAGAAAGACGAGWAUGUCACUAAAAGUUCGUCUGGGAAAAGUUCUAAUAUUAUAAUUGAUAUAAUAUAUUGUAGAAUUGAUGUACAUUAGCAGCAAUAUCGAGUUUUGUCUGUGUUGUAUCAUAAAUAAAAUUGUUGCUUAAGUAUG